ACAUGACACGCAAGCUAACAGAAUCGGUACAAAUCAUCUAGCUGUAUCUGAUUGGAUAAAAAUAUUAAAAAAAGUUGCACGGAUCUGAUAUUCUGACAUAAAAUGGUGCAGAUACAGUUUCAACUUAAAACUUGAGCGAUACUUGCCUUAAUAUUCAGUAAUACACCCCGAACUUAAUUGGGGCAGGUUUAUCAGAUUGCGUUUUUAUCGCUUAUCUUCUAAAGACUGGAUAGAUCUAGACAAAUUGUUUCUACUUGAUUCGGACGAAGAAAAAACAAACCAGCGCGCCAUCGACGCAUGUAACUCGCCUUAAACAUUAAAACAAGUGCCCACAAAUAAAUGGGGAUUAACCAUAUAUUCGGAUCAAAGACACAUAAAAGUAACUUGAAAACAAAACAUGUUAUAAAACAGUAGUGAUUAUCAUUGAUUUCAUAUGAAUGCAUUUUAUUUCUAAAAACACAAGAAACCAAAUUUUAACUUUAAGGCAAGAUCAUUAAUUGAAUGUAGCAUAUAUAGCAUAACCUAAUCAAGUACGGCUCGUUAAAUGGCGGGGGUUGUAAACAAACUGAAUACUGAUUUUUUAGUUAUAAACUGAAUUACAUUCUUGUACCAGAAAAAUGAGUGGCACUGAUCUGUUCACAUUCAACACUUUUGGAAAACGGCCAAUGAAAGAGCAAGUAACACCUCACAAAUUAUCGGUAUUAAUUUUAGUGCAUAAGUAUCAAACACUAAGAUUACCUACAAUUUUACAUGAGGGUUUAAUGGAUGAUUCUUUAGAAGAGAUAGUAUUCACUGAAAAUGAAAAGAGAGACUUUAUGACCACCAUUUUAGAUUUAUUACAGAGUUCAGAUAUUGAGUUAAAAGAACUUCGAGCAAAGUUACAUGGUGUAGUAAAGCCGGUUGUUUUAGAUUUUUUCUUUGAUAAAUUAAAAGAGAUACAUGAUGAUGGCUUACAACCCAUAAUGAAAUUUUUUCAUGAUAUAAAUGGUUUAGUAUAUCAAGACUCAGAGAGCAAACCCUUUAUUAGUAAAUAUAGUGUUUUAGGUUUUUUCUUUCGACGAAUGAUAUUGGCUUUCAAUAAACUUUCAUUCAGUCAAGUGACAGAAUUGUGGGCAAAGAUUAAAUAUUAUUAUGAACUGUGUUUUCCUAAUAAUGAACCAGAAGCUGAUUUAGGAAAAUCUUUAACAGAUUCUGUAAUGAGUUUAUCAGGAACAGGUGGUCCAUUAACUAAAAGUUGUUUAGCUCAAUCAUUUGAAGGACUACAGAUUAGUGAGAAUACAGUAGGUGGAUUCUACUCCCAGAAACAAGCUGAAUAUUUUAUAGCUCAACAGGCAUCCUUGCUUCAUCAUAAUGAGAGUAAAGCUUUAUCCCCAAGAAAAUUACAAGAUAAAAUAACAGUUAUAUUAAAAGCGAAUAAAGAUCUGGCAGAAGCACACUUCCUGAGUUAUCUGAACAGUUUAAGAGUAAAAGAAUAUUGUACAGCUAUACAUAAUUUAUACCAUUAUUAUGAUCGUAAUGCUAAAAUAUCAUCAACAAGUACUACAGCUAAAGAUAAAGAAGAUUUAAGUAUACGUUAUGCAGCUCUUAAUGUGGCUGCUUUACAUUUUAGAUUUGGUCAUCAUGGGGAAGCCAUGGCAUCUUUAAUAGAAUCGAUACAUAAAGCUCAAGAAGUUAAUGACCACGUCUGCUUACAACAUGCUCUGGCAUGGUUACAACGUUUUGGACAACAGGGUGUAGCUGCCAUGGCACAUUUAAUAGAAAAAUCUAUCACCAGAAGUGAAGACUUGUCUCUACCGUAUUUAACAUCACUGGGUGUUCAAGUAUUAGCAAGACAUAAUGCAUUUGUCUUUGAAAAACCAGCAAGUGUAUUUGAAUAUUUAGAAUAUAGUGAUAUACUCAACUGUCAGAAUUUUUUAACUGGUAUGAUACAAGUUAGUUAUACACAGAAAUCAGCUUUAUGGCAUUUAUUUGGAAAAAGUGAAUUAUCAUCAAUGUCAAGUUUAUUGGUGUUAAAUUUAGACACAAUAGAAAGUGGUGUAUCUGAUAAUACAGAACUUAGUUGUAUAGCUUUAUGUAAUCUAGCAGAAAAACAUGCUGAAAGGGGCCAGUAUCAAAUUGCUACAGAUUUAUUGAAUCAUGCUAAACUUCGUUUUCCCGUGGAUUGUGUGGACAGUCAUCAUUGGAUGAAGAGUGAACAACAAAUUAAUUUUGAUAGAAUGUUGAAUAAUAGGAAAUGGAACUUGGUGGAGCAAGCGGUCAUUAAUCUUAGAGUAGUUGCAGAAGAUGAGUCUAACCUUAGGAAUGCUAUAUAUUUAUGUGAGAAAGGAGAAGCAACCCCAGCUUUUAACCAACUACAAAAAUUACUAGAGAAUAUGAAAGAUACAACUGAUGGAAAGGAAUUAGAUUUCCAGUGUAGGGUGUUAUUAGCUAUGUCUAGAUUAUAUAUUAAUACUGGUAAUCAUACAACAGCUAUAACACAUGUAUUAGAUUGUAUUAGUAAAGCUAGAAGUCAUCACAUGAAUUAUUUUAUAGCUAUAGCAUCAGUACAGUUAGCUUUUAUACAGUAUCAUAUGAAGUUACCAGAACAAGCAUUAGGUUUAUUAGAGAGGAAUAUGUUACCUGUAUUAACUAAUGGUAGUAUAUAUGAUCAAGCUAGAACAUUAUAUUGUUAUGCAAGAGUACAGGUAGCCUGUGCUAGACAAUCACAACAAGACAAGAAAUCAGCUCUUCUAUCAGCCGUUUCUGUGAUGAAUCUAGUUAUAGAACUAUUUAAAAAAGUGGAGGCUCAUCAUCGAGUGAAGGAUGGUGUAUAUUAUCAAGCUAGAUUAUAUAAUGAUUUAGGUUAUACAGCUGAACGUAAUAAAUGUGCUCACGAGUUUAAACAAUUAGAUCAACAACAUCCUACAUUAAAUCAGACCUCAGUUAAUGCAUUUUAAUACAAUUAUUAGUUGAUUUGUGAUCGGAGAUAUUCUGCACCAUUUAAAGACCUUAACUCUGUAGGAUAGAAUUGUGUUCAUAUUGUACACACAAGUACAAAAUGUUACCAUGGAUGGGUAACUCUAGCAGUUUAAUACAUCAACACAAACAGGAUGUUUGGUACAUGUAUAUGGCCACAGAUCACUAAUGAUUUCCCCAUUGACUUUAAUGUUUAUUAAAAUUCUGGCUCUUAGACCGGCUCUGAGUUUUUUCCUUAUUUUCAUUGGGUAGAACGCUUUCUACCACAGAUGAAGCACAUGUGAGGUUAAUCAUGAAAACUUAAGAUACACAAACUGGAAGUAAAGACCAUUAAACAUGCAAUUUUCCUUCCUACAUUUCAAACUAACCAACCUCUCGACUCUCGUAUCCUUCCGCCUCAAAAUCAUGAAUAUUUACCAAAAUCUGGCAGAAAAUGUAUUUUCCAACCCAUUUCUUCGAUUCCACACCAAAAAGUCAACAAACUUCGCCAUGCAAAAGGGGGAAAAAGUGAAAGAGAGAGAAAAACUAAAAAUAACUUUUGCCCUUCCUUCGUGGGUGAGGUUGACGUGGGUGAGGUUGACGGCUUAGGAAUAUUUGGUGAGCUGUGUCCAUGUUACAGUUUGUGUAUGCUUGACAUAUGAAGCCAUCUUGAAAGUUGAGCCAGAGUAAAGUUUAAAGAUAACUAUGUUAUUCAACAAUAAUACAGAGGUAUGCCUGCUCUAAUAUGAUGUAAACGUAAACUGUUCCUGCUGCAUGCGUGAAGGACAAUGCUAGAAAAGAAUAUGUUAUCAUUAUAUAGACAUUAAUAUUAAUGAAAUGAAAUUUGGUUUAAUAUCCUACUUUUCUGCACUGACUGAGCUAAUGUUGACUAGUUAAGUCAAACUUGUUAUUGUUAUUGUUGAAAAAUGUCAAGAGGACCUGCCGUGAAGUAUAAGUGAUGUAUGAACAAUUUGGUUGCUAGUGCUUUAAUAUAAAGAUAAAUAAAGAUAAGACAAAACUAAUUACUGUGUGAACUUCUCAUAUAAUAAACACCAGGGCCCUGUUUCUCGAAAUCUUAACUAAAGAUAAAAUCCAAUUUUAGUAAAUACUUCAAUUUUGAUUGGCUAAGCACUAAAAUCAAUCUAAUAUUAUCCAAACAAAUUGCUAAAAUUUAGAUUUUAUC